UCAAGGCUCGUUGCCGUUAGCUGCAGCUCACAGCUUCGCACGUCGACCCAGCUAAAAAUAAGCGACAUGAAAGCUAUUUCACGUUAGUUAAGAAGUAAUAACACAACAUUAUCCGUUGUAAAACCGAGGAAUUCUCUCACAACAACUACAAGUUGAAAAUGGAGCCUCUGGAUCCUGCCAAGAAUGAUGAAGGCAGUGGAUUCUCCAAGCGACGCAUUUCCUCGAUUUUAAAAGCACCACGGAGAUCAGUCAGGUUCCCUGAACCACAGCAGCAGGAAAAUGUGGUGGAGUGUGCCAAACCGGUGGAAAAGAGAACUUCAAGAAGAGUCAGUUUUGCUGCGGCCAACGACGUCCUUUUGUUCUCAAAGGAUGUAAAAAAUGCCUCUCCUGCCCGAAGUCCUUUACAAGAGUUAAUACCAACAACAGCGACAGCCACACAAAAUAGGGUCCAGGUGGCGGUCACUGAAGAUGGGAUUCAACAAAUAAUGGGAAUGGAAACCCUGUUGAAUGCUCCUCUGCAUGCCUCUCAACAAAGGGACAAGGCCGACGUUGAUACUGGGCAGGACUUCGGGGAGAAGACAGUGAUGUUUUCUACUGACGAUGCAUUCCUGGACAUGACCCACAGUCACACAAUAAACAUUGCAAAUGAAGCAGGAUUGGUUGCAGACAUUUCCCUCCAAAACUAUGACUCCUUACCUGUCAGAGGAGAGAACAGAGUGAAGCUCACUGCCAGUGAUGGAGCCAUGGAUAUGAGCCUGAGUCACCAUCUGAGCACUGGGUCAGUAUCAGUGCCCACCAGCAGAAAUAUGGAUUUAAGAGUAGAGAAGAGAAACAAAUCGUCUCCAGCACCUACUUUGGAUGCUGGAUUUGAAAACUUCCUCGCAAGUCUCUCCAAACCGAGUGACCCCGGCGUUAAUCCUGUGAUCACCACGUUGGCGCCUGCUGCAUCGUCUGAAAGAGCAAACUGCUCCACGGCCCAGAUUCAAACACAAAGGGCUGAUGUGGAUAAAGAAAAUCAGGCUCCAACGUCUGUUUCAGCUGUGAUGGAGAAGUCACUGAGUUCAUCCAGGAAGGUCGCUGAAUUCUCUUUUGGAAGGUCCCUCUGUCCUGAAGAGGAUUUAAGCAUGGAUAGGACUGAAGCUCCGACCGGUCGCAUUCUGGGACUCACUGAUGACGAUGAUCCCUUCCAGUGUCUCUUCCCCACACAAGAAAUGUACUCUCACCAUGACAGCAGAGUGUCGCAGACAAAAGGGAAGACCAAGAAGGAGCAGAUCAGUAAACCACAGGCACACACAGGCAACCCUAAAGAUAUGACGUCCUUGAAGAAUCCAUCUCAACAUGAUUUCAAUCAAAGACACAAGGUAAGUUUUAAAAUACCUUUACUUAAGUAUUACGUAAGUUUUAAGUCUGAAAACAAUCCGUCAUGCCGUACUGACAUGCUAUAUGAACAAAAGAAACCGGAUGUUGUCUCACACGGGUCGCAUUAG